GAAAAUUGAGAAUUUACCUUCUAUCUUGUAGGCUCGACCUUUGCUUGCUCAAGCACUUGAGACUGAAAAUUUUGAAGAUAUAGUAGAUCCUAGGCUUGAAAAGAACUUUGUUGCGAGUGAGAUGUUCCGGAUGAUUGAAGCAGCUGCAGCUUGUGUACGUCAUUCAGGCCCAAAAAGGCCUCGUAUGAGCCAGGUGGUUAGAGCUCUAGAUUCCAUGGAUGAACUGUCAGAUCUGUCCAAUGGAAUGAAACCUGGACAAAGUGAAAUUUUUGAUUCAAGGGAACAAUCUGCACAGAUAAGAAUGUUUCAAAGAAUGGCCUUUGGAAGUCAAGAGUACAGUUCAGAUUUCUUCAAUUACUCCCAAAGCAGCUAUAGGAGUUGAGUUUUCAAUGGCUUAUUAUCAAAUAUUGCCGUAGUGUUCCCACCUGGUGCAAAAUCGAAGCAAUUCGCGCCGACAAGUGGUGGUUUCUCACAAACUUCGAAUGAAUAUACCAUAACUCACUGAGAGAUCUGACCUGUAAUUACAUUGUGUAAAUCACUGUGCUAUUCCUUUUUUGGUUAGCGUUGAAAUCUGCAUUCUUUUUUAACUCCUUUUUGUUGUCUUUACUAGAUCACACGGCAAACAAUUGGUUUUGUAGCAUUCUGAAAUUCAACAUUCUAUUCAUACAAUGUAGAUAUAUUAGUCAAGA